CUAGCUAGUGUUCCUCCUCAGAUUUCAAAUUGUAGUAGCAUUUUAAUAGGACUUUUCAAAGUAGGCGAAGAACGUCCCCAUGGGGCUUUUCUUUUGACGAAAUUGAUUAAGACUGUCUUAAUCCAGGAAGAAGUCCUUCCAAAGCUCGUUCACAGCUUACUCAAAAUUGGUAAUUGUGUAGAAACUGUCAUCAUCAAGAUGGAGAAACUAACAUCUAAAUAUCACAGUUUCAUCUUUGGAGGUAUUCACUUUAUCAAGGACAAUGGAGAAUGAAGAUGAGCUAUCACUAAAAGAAUAUUCCAAGAUGAUGACUGAUAUGCUAUUGCUGUGUUUCACCCUGGCCCUCUCGUUGAUGUUCUGGAUCAUCUCCAUAAUCACCAGCGCAUACUCAGGUACUAUGCACCCUGUGUCACCAUGGCGAUUGCUCUUUUCUGUGUUAAUCCCUCUAACACUCACUAUGCGAGCGGUGAAGAGACGGAGCCUAGAUUAUACAGGGGCCCUUGGAGCAAUGGUGGUUGGCUUCAUCCUCACUGUGGCCAACUGGAGCUUCCUUUUCGCAUUGUUUGCUUUCUUCGUCUCUUCGUCCAAGCUGACAAGAUGGAAGGGCAACCUUAAAAAGCAGCUAGACCCAGAAUAUAAAGAAGGCGGGCAGAGGAACUGGGUGCAAGUGCUCUGCAACGGGGGCGUGCCCACAGAGCUGGCUCUGCUCUACAUGAUUGAGGUGGGCCCAGGGGAGAUGCCAGUGGACUUUGGGAAACAGUACUCCGCCUCCUGGCUGUGCCUGUCCCUCCUGGGGGCCCUGUGCUGCAGUGCGGGGGACACGUGGGCCUCAGAGGUGGGCCCCAUCCUCAGCAAGACCAAGCCCCGCCUCAUCACCACCUGGAGAGAGGUGCCCACAGGAACAAAUGGAGGAGUCACUCCAGUGGGCUUAUUGGCCAGCCUCCUAGGUGGAGUCGCCGUGGGUGGAGCUUUCUUCAUCUCCCAGAUUCUUUUUGUAAAUGAUCUGCACCUGGCUGUUCCACAGUGGCCACUCAUACUCUACGGAGGACUGGCUGGCCUUCUUGGAUCAGGGUUGGACUCUCUUCUGGGAGCCAAAUUGCAAUAUUCAGGCUAUGACGAGAGUAUCGGCAAAGUUGUGAACUAUGAGUCCAAGACAACCAGAAGAAUCUGUGGGAAAGCAAUCCUGGACAACAAUGCUGUGAACCUCUUCUCUUCGCUCCUCAUUGCUCUUGUCCUGCCAGGAGUGGCCUGGGGCUUUUGGCCCAGAACCUAAACAUUUCAUGGAAAUAUGGCAGGAUGUCUGUUAGAUUUUGGAAAUUUUGACCACUGUAGACAUUAUCCUCCACAUGUAUUUAUGUGUGUGUGUGUGUGUGUGUGUGUGUGUGUGUGUGUGUGUGUGUGUGUGUGUGUGUGUGUGUGUGUGUGUGUGUGUGUGUGUGUGUGUGUGUGUGUGUGUGUGUGUGUGUGUGUGUAAAAAGAAUGAGCAGAACAAUGAUGACCAGGGGUAAUAAUAGAUUGCAUCAGAUAAAUGUUCACGGUAGUCAUUAGUUACAUGUGGAAUGUAUGUGCUGUUCAUGUUUUUGAUAUUGUGCAAAACUGGUCUUAAUUACAGUGUCAUGUCAAAAGAUAAUUAUUUUAUUCCCCCUUAAAAUGCAUUGAACACAAUGUUAGUUGGAAUAACAUUUACCUUCUGUCCAGUUUAUGAUGAGUUUUCCCUUCUGUAUUAAAGUAUCACUAUGCAACAAUUUGACACUUUUUGAGCUAUGGGUUUAUAGGCAACUAGUUUUGAUACAUCCUCAAAUUCAUUUUUGAUAGCGUAUGGUCAUGUGAAGGACAGAUAAACACGUGUGUCUACCCCACUAGCCCUUCAGUAUAUGCCCUAUGUAGUUCUGUAUACCAGGCUGGAAUACCCUGCAAAAAUGGAACAAAAGCUUUCUUAGCAUGACCUUGCCAGCUACACUGCCAAAAGACACCAGUUAGUGGGUUGGCAAGCUUCUAUCAGUGUCAACUGGGCUGUUGGUGGUGUUUGCAAGGUUUUUGCAAGCCUUUUAGGUAGUGAGCUUGCUAGUUCUGGAACAGAACUCCAUAUUGCUGCUUUAAGGGAAGUAUGAUAACUACAGCAGUGGCCAUGAUGGGCUUACUUUUCCGAUGGGUAUUACUGUGUUUUUUUUUCUGAAAACAAAGAAUUCUUUAAAAAUA